AUUUAUAUUUUAAACGUCAAACGUCAACCUAACCAACAAAAUUAUUUAUCUUGUUUUGUUGUUCCUUGUAAUAAUUUAAAUUAAAUUGACAUAAUGGAGUCGGAUGAGGGUUCAAACUCAUCCCCGCCCCCACCGUCUGAGCCACCCCCCAGCUUACCGCCCCCUUUACCAGCGAGGCCUAGAAAAACAACCCCGCAACCCCCUGUACCGCAUCAAGACGACCAGCAUUACCUCGAAACUGAACUGGAUAACGAUGAUGAAAUUUCAGCCCAAAUGACAGCUUCGUACAGUGAAAUAUCCUUUAAGUCCGGCUUAAGCCCGGAAAGUGAAUUGCAAUCCCUAUCGCUUAAUAUUGACCCCAUACCCCUUGCUGAUCACAUCAGGCAGAGACCCAUCACCUUGCCGUGCGAAAAAAAUAUACCUGCCAAACCAUUGGGGCCCUUAACUAUGGAGGGGACUGUUCAUGUGGAGGGCAAUAUGACGCAUUUUGUAGCGGAAGAUUUGGAGUAUAAGAUUAAGCUGUCGAGUCCAGUUACCAAAAAAGGAGAUACUCCCCCUUUAUCUUCAGGCUCUAGGACAUGCACCCCAAGCUCUCUAUACAGGCAACUUUUAGUACCUCAAAUUGGCCAACUCGACACAGGUUUAAUAAAUGAUUUAGAAUGUGAGGCGCAUAGAAUGGCUACAUCAAUCGACAAUCUCAUUGAGAAUUUAUGUGGGAUAUUGCAUUCAAUAUCAUCAAUUACAGCAGAUAAUGUGGAUGUUUAUAAAAACGCCGUCUCAAAAAUGUCGGAUGCCAUGGAUUUAAACAUUAAAAGUAUGUACACCAUGAUGGCAAAAGCCGAAGAAGUCACACAGUCCAUGAAAGUUGUAGAAGCACAUGCAGUUAGGAUGUAUCCUUUGUUAUCCUCUAAACAAAAUAAAUUAAUUUUUAGGCAAUAUAUUCCUUAUUUUACCACAGAAAGGAAAUUAAACGGCUUGUAGACCUAUUUGAGAGCUUCAUAUAGUGCACCAAUAUCAUAUUUAAUUGUAAAUAUUGUUUUAUUGUAAUUUUAAUAUAGAUUUAAGAGCAACUA